CCAAACACUAGUUAUGCAUAGUAAUGGUCUAUUCAUUGUAUGGAAGACGGAAACCGAAAUGAUAUGAUUUUCGUGAAAACUAAGAAAAUAUCAGCAGUGAUGUGAUUUAACUGCCGGGGAAUUAAUAUCAGUCGCCGAAACAUUGAACACACAUAUAGCUGCCGCGGGCGUGUUUAAAUCUCCGGGGAAGAUUCCAUCAAGAAUGAGCGAAAUCAUUGACACUGAAAAGGACAACAACAAUGCCGCCACUGACGAACAAAGUAACAGGGUCGAGCAGGGGCUAAUCCCUGAGGACAUCGGCGACGAUGAGCACAUAGAUUCCGUGUCUGUCGAUGUCUUAGGCGAGGCGAAAGAUGAAAUUGGUGAAAUCCCUGGGCCCGAUGACACGUCGUCAUUUCACAUCGAACGCUCUUCUUCGAGUCUGACAAUCGAAAACGUAAAAGCCUUCGAGGAGGCGACGGAAAGAGAACACAGAGAACGGUCUCCAGCUACUCGAAGAAGUAGCGGUAGGAGCAGCACUCUGCGACUGAAACAAGAUGUAUCGGGGUCGUCGACACCUGCCUUACCACCUGUUAAAACCGGCAGGUUGUCGGCGGCGGAAAUACUAUCAGCAAAGUCGUCGAUUUUGCAAAAUGAAUCCGAAAAUUCCAGUUCGCGUCCUGGAACCGGUGCGAAUAAACAACUGCAAGAAACUAGUCCAUUGCCACCGAUAGGAGGUGGGGAGGAUCCUGUGGAUACGGUGGUAGAUUCAGAUACGUUUGACAGUAGUACCCUGAAAAUGUCUUUAGAUACUGCCAUUGAAAGCAGUACAACAGAACUCAGUAGUGGAAAUAACACAAGCCUUCCCCGGAUUAUGCAAUUUAAACGAGAGCUUCCAGCAGAUUAUGCAUUUGAACGUGAAACAAGUAACCUGUCAAACAGAACUACAGACAGUAAUUCGUCCAAGAAAACAGUCUCAUUUACUGAACCAACCGAAAGGUCAUCGAGUAGAACGUCUUCAAAAAAGGGACCAAUUAUUAAAACUAUUGCGUCAAAAGAGAUUACUAAAAGACGUAACGAAGACGGAACUGAAACUCUGGCUAUUUCCAUCGCCACAGAAACUGAAUGGAGUUGGUUGGAUAGUGUCAGAGUUGCUGGGAAGUUGGAAUUUGUUGAGGCAGCCAAACAAAAUACUGAAGAAACUUCAGACAGACAUAUACCUAGCGGUAGCGGGUUGAAAAAGAGAAGAAGACGAAAACGUCACAGUUCGUUAUCAUCCGGUCAGCUUUCUGAUACCGACUAUGAUGCGGAGUCCACCUCAUCAAGCCUAGUAGGCAAGUCUAGGUUAAGUGGCUCAAUAAAACCACCAGAAGUGUUGAAAGAAGAAUCGAUGCUAGAUGUGCAAGGAGUUCCACCACUUGAACUCAGCAGCUCAGAGUCAGAUUCUGAUUUUGAGAUAGUUAGAGAAAAAGAAGACAGCGUGAGUGAUUUAUUGCCUGGUGUUGGCCCACCUACUAUACUACAAUAUCAAAGAGAGUCCCAGCAACCACAAGUAGAUUGCAAGGAUCCUACUACACGUCACAUAGCUGAGGGUGGUAUCUGGAGUGGUUAUUGUGAGUUCUGUGAGGAGCCAAUAAAGCCGUUUCCUACAUUAGAAAUGCAGCAAAGGUACCCGGCUAGCGAGCUGUUCUGCUGUGAUGAAUACCAAGAAUUUUAUGAGCUAUACUGCUGUGAUGAUUACAAGCAGUUUGCUGAGUUUACAAUUCAAAAUGGGCCCGAGGCAUCUUUUCCAGUCGAUGAAAAAAUCGACAUUUCGCCACACCCUCCAUAUGGCAGUAAACAGGCACGGAGAGCUGCUAAAGAACGAGCAGCACAGCGGAUGCGAGAGCGUGAAAUGGCCCGACAGAGAGCGGCAGGUGCCAAUCAAUCCAAUUUCUAUGCAUCUGGGAUGAGGCAGGACAUGAAAAGGCAGUCCGUUGUUGGUGAUGGUGGAAGGGAAAAUCUGGGAGAUAAAAGACAAUCUAUCAAAGACAAAAUAAAAGAUGAGGUGUUAAAACGGCGUCCAAGCCUAAAAGACAGACAGAGGCUUAUAGACGGGUUGGUAACUUCCCGUAAUAAAAGGGGCAGCACCACUGCGAGUGUCUCGACCAUGAACAAAAGUCUGAAAAGACUAUCCUCCAAAUGGGAUGUUUCACUUGAAGUGACUGAAAAUGCAAUGUCUCGACUGCAACAAAAGUUGAUAGCGAAAGUUGACAUCUUCCCUGAUCAUUCUUCAUUGUUUGCUCGGCAGAUGAAAACCAUAAAUUAUGCUUACUCAUCCCAAAAGUGUCGGGAUGAGGGAUGGACACUACGACCGCCAACGCCACUUUAUGAAGAGCCGCUAUUACCAGAAGUGUUCGAGCCAGAACCCUUACCACCAGCUUUCAGUGUCCGGAGUGAAAAACAAGAGCGUCCAUUGAUUCAGAAAUAUUACGAAGAUGGUAGUAAAUUUCUCACUAUUUUUGCUGAUGGUACUGGCAAUGUGUUUUACCCAUCUGGUAAUAUUGCUAUAGUGAUAAGUUCUGUCAAACAAGGCCAGUAUACUUAUGUUGUUUUGGAGGAUAUGCCAAAUAAUGCUUCAAUGUUAGCAUUAUUUGAUUCCAAAGGCAGAGGAACGUGUUAUUAUAAUAGUGGUAUUAUUAGAUUAAAUAUGAACGAAUAUGGUGGCAUAUUCUGCAAUAGUAAUGGCGCCAAAAAAAAGCGAUGGAACUGGCGGGAUUUAGUAACCCAUGUACAUGCACCGCCGUUUCAGCCGAUCUGCAUUGCACUCAACAAAUACCUCGCAGUGAGAGUGCAGAGUCAGGAUCAAAUUUAUCUGAGCGUCAACUGUGAUAUGAGAACCGUUAGAUUUAAUAUUGGUGUAAAGUUGAAGUUGGUGAAUCCUGCAAAUCUUCCUGAAACUGAAAUUGAGGAUGACGAUAUUUACAUUCGUGAUAUGACAGCAUAUGUGCAGUCAAUACUAGACAAGGUCGGAAAUGUGAUGAAGUUUUCAAAAUCUCCUAAACUCGACCAAAUCCAGCCACCCUUACACUUAUCACAUCAAAUUCAACGCAAUGCUCGACUCAAGCAAAAGGCGUUACAGCAGAAGACGUCAAAAAGCAAAGAUUCAGCGCUUGUGACAGUCAACUAA